UUCUAAUCAUAGCUGCAUAACUCCUUGCCUACUCUCACAGUGCACUAGUCCUCACCAUUAAAUACCAGUAUAAAACUAAUUUGGCAGUCAAACUAUGUUUCAGCUUGUAGCUGAUUUUGAUCUCACCCAUAAGGUCGUCUGUCUAGUGGCGUGGCUUUUAGCUUUCUAAAUAGAUACAGAACAGCUCGUGUAGUUCCCAUGUGCAGGGGCCGGUGGGGCCCUUGGUCAGACCUCAGUGUUGUUGACGUUGACGUGAGUCUCUUGCUGGGUUGGUCAAAACUGUUUUCAGUCAUUGGAACCGUGUCGUCAUACAGGAACCAGGGGAGGGGUAAAUGGGCAAAUCAAGAUGGCGUGCCCUGAUGAAGCAGGAAAUAGAUUUUGGUCUCAAUAAAAUUGCUUACUGAUCAAACUCGAAAAGGAGGUGUCUUCUUCAAGAAGAGUGACGAGACAAUUGGGAAUAGCAAGACGGAGCAGAUAUCGAUUCUCUAAAUGGCUGCGAGGAAGUCUGGAUCAGAUACCUACAACAGCGGACCCAUCAGCUACCUUGAGGAUGUUCCGUUCAGGCUCAAUGACAAGUUCCGCUGUCCAGCCAAAGUGGGCCUACCCAUCGGAUUCUGUCUGCCUGACUGCAGCAGUGUACUGUCGGACAUGCAGUAUGACUUCACUCUGGAGAGGCGGACUGUACGCUGGGGGGAGGAGCUUGCCCGUGCCCGCGCUGCGGAGGCGGAGGCAGCAGAGGCAGUGGCAGCCCACGCCCAAUCGGAGCAGGAGGCCCAGGUUGCUUCCGCGCAGGACUCCGACACCGCAUUGGCCGGUGGCAAGCGAGCCCGCCCCUCUGAGGAGCACGAGCCACCUCCUCCGGCGCUGAACCCCGUGCUGGCGGGGCUGAGGCACAAUGACAUCCUCACGCCGCUGCCGGCGUCCAGCAUGGGCGCCGCCAAUGCCUCCAGCCAGCCCCACAGCCCCCCCGCCCACGGCCUCAACCUGGCCGACUUUGAGCGCGAGGAAGACCCCUUCGACAAGCUGGAGCUCAAAACGCUGGAUGACAAAGAGGAGCUGAGGAGUAUCCUGCAGGCCCAGCCUCAGUCGGAGCCCCCUCCUCCUGCCCCAGCCCCAGCCCCAGCCCCUACCUCGGUCCCCAUCGUGGACCCACGCCGCAGCUGCACGCCACCCCUGCAGUCCAAAGCGGGCCUCUUUCACAAGCCCAACGGCUUGGUGGCUCUGCUGGACCUGGAGCGGGUUGGGGGGGGCAUCGGGGUGGGCCGUAUGGACGCCGACCGGCCUUGCAACAUCCGAUCGCUCACCUUCCCCAAGCUCUCUGACCCGAGCGACUCCCCCACAGACACUGGCCCCUUCCACAGUGGCUACACGCUCGGCCCUCAUCGACCUGGCAUGCCCAACGGCAACCCCCCCGCCCUGCAGAGGACUGUCCCAUCAUCCCGCUCUCACAAUGCCCUCCCGCAGGAGUCAGUCACACACACGCACAACAACGGCACACAGUCCCCCUGUUUGCCCCAGUGUGCCCCUGUGUCCGGCCCAGCCCCAGGUUCGUUGCCGUGUGGCGGUGCCCUGCUGAGCCUGUCCCCUGCACAGCGCCAGUGUGUGGAGACCAUCGUGAACAUGGGCUACUCGUACGAGGGCGUCCUGAAAGCCAUGCAGAAACAGGGACAGAACGUUGAGCAGGUGCGCACCAUC